UUAAUCUAGUGGUCUGGUAAAAUAAUGUAAAUUAAAAUGAUCAUUUCCCUGCAGACCAUACUGAUUAAUGACCCAAACUGUGCUCUCCAGGGCCCUGGGCUGUACUAUGUGGAUGACAACGGGACGCGUCUGUCUGGCCGUAUGUUCUCUACCGGCUGUGGUAACAGUUAUGCCUACGGCGUGGUGGACAGCGGUUACCGGGAGGACAUGACGGUGGAGGAGGCGUACGAACUGGGCCGUCGGGGCAUCGCUCACGCUACGCACAGGGACGCCUACUCUGGAGGGUCGGUCAACAUGUACCACAUGCAGGAGGACGGCUGGAUAAAGGUGUGUAAGGAUGACGUAUCAGAGUUGAUCCACCGCUACAGGAAGGGAAUGUUCUGAGUUUGACCCCUGAACCCAGAUCAACCUCAGCACUCGACCCAAUAAAGCGCUUGUUUCCAAGAUGAUGCAACGUUUUUAUAGUUGAU